AACCGUGAAAUACACCAACAACAGCAAGUAGGCUCUCACCACAGCACGCGGAGAUGUCUGCCAUCAGACAUCGGCCGUUGCUGGGAUCAGCGGCCAAUGGUGGGGACAGCGAUGAUAACUUCUCCGAUGAUGAGAGCACUCCGCUGACCCAUGACAUCUACGGCGGCAGCCAGCGGACGGUGCAUGAGACAAAAGGCUGGGAUGUGUUCCGGGAUCCGCCCGUGAAGGUGGACAGUGGUUCCAUGGCCAAUCAGGCGUGCAUGGACUUCACUGUGAAGAUACUCAAAGUUGUUGCGUACCUGCUCACGUUCAUCAUUGUGCUGGGUGGUGGCGUCAUUGCCAAGGGCUGUGUUCUAUUUAUGACGUCGCAGUUGCAGAGGGACCGCAAGAUUCCCUAUUGCAAUCGCGACAUUGCUCGCGAGAAGCAAUUUGUCGUCACGCUGCCGGAGGAGGAGCGGGUGGCGUGGUCGUGGGCGCUCUUGAUUGUCUUCGCGAUCCCUGAGGUCGGUGCCCUGAUCCGAUCUAUGCGAAUAUGCUUCUUCAAGUCGUGGAAACGACCUCUCACCACACACUUCCUCUUUGUCACCCUCAUGGAGACACUUCACACGAUCGGACUGGCCUUGCUGUUCUUCGUCGUGCUGCCUGAGUUGGACGCCGUGAAGGGGGCCAUGCUCACCAACUGCUUGUGCGUCGUUCCGGGUUUUCUGGGUCUGCUGUCGCGCACCAAAAAGGAGGGACGCCGUGCCGUGAAGGCCAUCGUGGACAUUGCAGCUAUCGCGGCUCAAGUCACGGGAUUUGUGGUCUGGCCACUGCUGGAGAAUCGCCCGGUGCUCUGGGUGAUCCCCAUAGCUGCCUUCAUGACUUCUUGCGGGUGGUGGGAGAACUAUGUGUCCCCGCAAAGUCCCUUUGGCUUCGUGCGCGGACUGGGCAGGAUCAAGGAGGAGCUGCGCAUGACUAGAUACUUUUCCUACCUUUUCCUCUCCAUCUGGAAAGUUCUCGCAUUCUUCUGCUCUGUACUGCUGAUUUGGUGGAUUCAGGGUGAGAACGUGGCCAACUUCUUCAGUCUCUUCGGCACUGGAUUCGGUCCGCACAAGAUUAUCGUCGAGGAGGUGGUCUCUGUGAGCCAAGCGCUGCCUGAUCUCCUAAAUGCUGGACAAAUUGGAGACACAAUUGAAGUGGACGCAUCUUAUAACACUGUGAUCUACUUGAUCGUUAUUCAAGUCCUGGCCGCGUACUUCUGCUACGUCUUCGGAAAGUUUGCCUGCAAGAUCCUAAUUCAGGGCUUCAGCUACGCCUUCCCUGUGAAUCUCACAAUUCCCGUGUCGAUUUCUCUGCUAAUUGCGGCAUGUGGCAUCCGAAAUGGCGAUCCCUGCUUCUUCCAUGGCUCCAUUCCUGACUACCUCUUCUUCGACAGUCCUCCAGUUUUCCGAUUAAGUGACUUCGCAUCACGCCAAAUGGCCUGGGCUUGGCUUCUAUGGCUUCUCUCUCAGACGUGGAUCACUUUGCAUAUUUGGACGCCAAAAUGUGAGCGUCUCGCCACAACGGAGAAACUCUUCGUGAGUCCAAUGUACAAUGCACUGCUAAUUGAUCAAUCGAUGGCACUGAAUCGCCGAAGAGACGAUCAGGCGGAUGUGAAGACGGAAGAUUUGGCUGAGAUUGAGAAGGAGAAGGGCGAUGAGUAUUACGAGACAAUCUCCGUUCACACCGAAGGAUCAGCUGUGCAGAAACCCAGUGUGAAGUCUUCUGAUCAGAUCACGAGGAUCUACGCCUGCGCUACCAUGUGGCACGAGACCAAGGAUGAGAUGAUAGAGUUCUUGAAGAGUAUUCUGCGACUCGAUGAAGACCAGUGUGCUCGAAGAGUGGCUCAGAAAUAUCUCAGGAUUGUAGAUCCUGACUACUAUGAGUUUGAAACUCACAUUUUCUUCGACGAUGCCUUUGAAAUCUCUGAUCACAGCGACAGCGAUAUUCAGGUCAAUAGAUUCGUGAAGCUGUUGGUGGCUACAAUUGACGAAGCCGCUUCGGAUGUCCAUCAAACCAACAUUCGCAUUCGACCGCCGAAGAAGUAUCCAACUCCUUAUGGAGGACGUCUCGUGUGGACAUUGCCCGGGAAGACAAAGAUGAUUGCCCACUUGAAGGACAAAGAUCGCAUAAGACACCGAAAACGAUGGUCUCAAGUGAUGUACAUGUACUACUUGCUCGGUCAUCGGCUCAUGGAGCUUCCCAUAUCGGUGGACCGGAAAGACGUGGUGGCGGAGAACACAUAUCUGUUGACGCUCGAUGGAGACAUCGAUUUCCAGCCGAGUGCAGUGACUCUCUUGGUGGAUUUGAUGAAGAAGAAUCGCAAUCUAGGCGCCGCAUGUGGCCGAAUUCACCCCAUUGGCUCUGGUCCGAUGGUGUGGUAUCAGAAGUUCGAGUAUGCCAUUGGACAUUGGCUGCAGAAGGCCACAGAGCACAUGAUCGGCUGUGUCUUGUGUAGUCCUGGAUGCUUCUCACUGUUUCGCGGCAAGGCUCUGAUGGACGAUAAUGUGAUGAGGAAGUACACGACAAGAUCUGACGAGGCUCGUCACUAUGUGCAGUACGAUCAGGGCGAGGAUCGAUGGUUGUGCACAUUGCUGCUGCAGCGUGGAUAUCGUGUGGAGUAUUCUGCUGCCUCGGACGCCUACACACACUGUCCCGAGGGCUUCACGGAGUUCUAUAAUCAACGGCGUCGCUGGGUGCCGUCCACAAUUGCCAACAUCAUGGAUCUGCUCACGGACUACAAGAGGACCAUUAAGAUAAACGACAACAUCUCCCUUCUCUACAUCUUCUACCAAAUGAUGCUCAUGGGUGGUACAAUUUUGGGCCCCGGCACGAUCUUUCUCAUGUUGGUGGGUGCCUUCGUGGCCGCAUUCAAGAUUGACAACUGGACCUCCUUCUACUACAACAUCAUACCCAUUAUGCUCUUUAUGAUUGUCUGCUUUACGUGCAAAUCCAACAUUCAAGUGAUUGUGGCUCAGAUACUGUCCACGCUAUACGCCUUGGUCAUGAUGGCGGUAAUCGUGGGUACGGCACUUCAAUUGGGCGAGGACGGCAUCGGGAGUCCAUCGGCAAUAUUCUUGAUAGCCUUAUCAGGGUCAUUCUUCAUAGCGGCGUGCCUCCAUCCGCAGGAGUUUUGGUGUGUCACAGCCGGAAUUAUCUAUCUCCUGUCCAUUCCCUCCAUGUACCUCCUGCUCAUCCUCUACUCCAUCAUCAAUCUCAAUGUCGUGUCGUGGGGCACGCGCGAGGUGGUGGCCAAGAAAACGAAGAAAGAGCUGGAGCAGGAGAAGAAGGAGGCCGAGGAGGCGGCGAAGCGUGCUAAGCAGAAAUCGCUGCUGGGCUUCUUGCAAGGUGGCGUGGGUCAGAAUCCAGACGAGGAGGGUGCCAUUGAGGUGUCGCUCAACGGGCUGUUCAGGUGCAUGCUGUGCACCCAUGGAAAGACCACCGAGGAGAAGGCGCAGCUGUCCCACAUCUCAGAGUCCCUCGAUGCCAUUCAGAAGCGCCUCGAGACACUGGAGAAAGUUGUCGAUCCGCAGGGACAUCACCAUCAUCACCAUCGCCGACGAACCACUUCAGCCAGUUCACGUGAACACCAGCUUGGCUCCGUGGCGGAGGGAACGGAAAAUGAGAGCGAAAAUAGUGACUCGGAGUCGUCCACGGUGCAACGUGAGGAACGAGAUUUCCUCACAAAUCCAUACUGGAUCGAAGACCCGGAGCUGAGGAAGGGAGAAGUGGAUUUCCUCUCGAGCUCAGAAAUUCAAUUUUGGCGCGAUCUCAUCGACAAAUACCUCUAUCCAAUUGAUCAAAACAAGGAGGAACAGGCCCGAAUAGCGACUCAUUUGAAGGAUCUGCGGAACAAUUCAGUGUUUGCAUUCUUUAUGAUAAAUGCACUUUUUGUCUUAAUUGUCUUCCUGCUGCAAUUGAACAAAGAUAAUCUCCACGUGAAAUGGCCCUUUGGUGUGAAAACAAAUAUUACAUAUGAUGAGACCACUCAAGAGGUUCAUAUCUCCAAGGAAUACCUUCAGCUGGAGCCUAUUGGUCUUGUCUUUGUGUUCUUCUUUGCCCUCAUCUUGGUAAUUCAGUUCACUGCCAUGUUGUUCCAUCGCUUCGGCACCCUUUCCCACAUCCUCGCGUCCACAGAACUCAAUCUGUGCUUCAACAAGAAGAGCGAGGACCUGUCUCAGGACGCCCUGAUAGACAAACACGCGGUGGAAAUAGUGAAAAACCUGCAGAGAUUGCAAGGCAUAGACGGAGACUAUGACAAUGACUCGGGCAGUGGACCGGAUCGUAUCGCCAGGAGGCGAACGGUGCACAACUUGGAGAAGGCGUCGAAGCCGAGAAGACAAAUUGGCACACUGGAUGUGGCCUUCAAGAAGCGCUUCCUGAAGCUCACGGCAGAUGCUGAAAACAACCAAGGAACUCCCAUAUUAACGAGACGAUUGACAAUGCGCCGAGAGACCAUCAGAGCUCUGGAGGUCAGGAAGAACUCUAUAAUGGCCGAGAGGAGAAAGUCUCAGAUGCAGACUCUCGGAGCCAACAAUGAGUACGGAAUAACAACGUCAAACAGUUUGAACAACAACCUGGGCGUUGCACCUGCCCGAAAUCACAGGAUAUCCAAUGCUGGGAUCAACGUAAAAGACGUCUUCGACUCUAACGGAGGCCCUGGCCAACCAAUUUAUGGUACAACGACUGGCCAAGUGAAUCAAGCCUACGAGCCGGUCAUCGAUGAGGAGGAUCGCAAUUCCUUACGUUUGACGCCACGAAAUCAAGUGUCGUGGAGCAAUAGCACUGAUAGAAGACUUUAAGGAGAUUUGUCUGUAACUUUAUUCCGUCCGUGUAUAGGUAUUUUUAAUUAAUUCUAGGAUUAUACUAUUCGACUCUGUUGAGAUAAUAAUGUGUUCUCCCAACAAGACACUGCCCCAAUAGUACUCGCAAAUGUCUCUAUACUCAAUCUCUCUGUGUGCUGCCCACGCAGGAUGAAUAGCUCUUAAAACUGACUUAAAUACUCUCUCGCGCGCAGCUUAAGAAGCUCACAAAGUAAAAAUAAUAAUUGCGACUUUUCCGUAAUUUGCAACCACACAGAGUUGGUUUGCACUCAACCUUUAUUCUCUUUUAUGCAUAUAAAUUAUUUUUACAUUUGUUUUCUCUACUCAAUUUAGAAAUGGAAAUAAUUUUAUGCUUUUAUGCUAUCGCUUUACAAGUUGGUAGUUUUUUUUCCGCUAAAUUCUCAUUAAUUCUUUUCUCUUUUGUAUUUUUUUUUGCAACAAUUUCUAAAGAAAGAAAAAUGUGAUCAAGGUUUUAUUUACUCAUUUUUUUGUAUUACUUUUGUAUAAUUGUAUUUAUCACAAAGAAACAAAUUCUUACUCAUUAAUUGUAUAUUUAGAGAGAGAGAGAUGCAAUAAAAUG